AAACUAACGCAACCAAUCGGGUGGCUUUGUCCUUUAGCUCGCAGUCGUGGGAGCUCACCGGCAACUGCCAUCCAAGAUGUCGGCGACGCGUGUGUUCCCCAUGUGUGUGCGAGCGAGCCGGGGCCUCCUCAGGCUCAGGAGCGGGGUGGUGGGCACCUCCACGCCUGCCCUGGUGGACACCGUACGGGCACUCUCCACGGAAAAACCGCCGGGUGGGCAGGUGGGUGCGACGGGUGGUCUGGCCCAGGCUAUUCUCCAGGAGAGGCUUCAACAGCAGAGUCAGGGCCAGCCUGCCCCUGAGUCAGGUAAAGCUGAGGGCGAUGGAGAGCAGGCAGGGGGGGACAAGAAGCAGAAGGAGAACACGGCCUACGCCAAGAAGAUUGUGUUUAGGUUGGCUGGACUCAUGGGCCUUGGCGGGGCCGUCAGCGUCAUCUACUUAUUUGGCACCAAUUCUGUUGACGAACAAGGAAACCAGAUUCCUGACGAGUUUGACAAAGACUUACCAGUGGUCCAGCAGCUGAAAAGAACUUUCAAGUACUUCCAGGACUACAGACAGAUGAUCAUCGAGCCCACCAGCCCCAAACUGCUGCCAGACCCCCUGAAGGAGCCCUACUACCAACCUCCAUACACGUUGGUCCUGGAGCUCACUGAUGUUCUGCUGCACCCGGAGUGGUCGCUGGCCACUGGGUGGCGCUUCAAGAAACGUCCAGGCAUUGACUACAUGUUCCAACAGCUCGCCCCACUCUACGAGAUCAUCAUCUUCACCGCCGAGACGGGCAUGACGGCGUAUCCUUUGAUCGACAGCAUCGACCCUCAAGGUUUCGUCCUGUACCGCCUCUUCAGAGACGCCACGCGCUACAUGGAGGGUCAUCAUGUGAAGGACGUAUCGUGUCUUAACCGUGACAGCAGCAAGGUGAUCGUGGUGGACUGCAAGCGGGAAGCGUUCAGCCUGCAGCCUUUUAACGGCAUGGCCUUGAAGAAAUGGGAUGGCAGCUCUGACGACCGAACGCUCUACGACCUCGCCAACUUCCUUAAGGCCAUCGCUCUGAGCGGCGUGGACGACGUGCGCUCGGUGUUGGAGAACUACGCCAUGGAGGACGACCCCAUCGACGCCUUCAAGCGCAGGCAGGCUCAGCUGGCGCAGGAGGAGGAGCAGCGUCUGUCGGAGUUGUCCCGGCCGAAGAAGCAAGUUGUGUCUCUGGGCUCCAUCGCCUCGCGCUUCUGGCGCUCCAAACAGCAGUGAGCCCCGCCCCCUCACUGACUCACGCCAGUCGCUGCCACUGUGGGGAGGGGCCGGGGCACAGCGGGGGAGGAGCCUCGCUCACAAAUCAUGUUUGGGGUUUUUUUGUGGGUGGGGCCUCGGCACUCAAACGACAGGAGCGGCCUCCAAUGAAAUGGAAACACUUACUGCUUCUCGAACGCACGGGAGGACCGGAGCAGCUGAUUGGGCGAGGGAGGGAAGGGGCGGGAUGGAGGGAGGGGUAUACAGAUCAGGGUAAAGGUGUUCUUGUCAGCCGCUGGAGUGCUGGACAUCACCACCUCGGCAUCAAAAUCUGACUUGAGAUCUGCUGGCCAAGCCCCGCCCCCCCACGCCAAAACGUGUGACGUCUGCGAGCGCGCUGGUGGACUGAAGGCGGACUCAUCUUUGUACCAAUAAAGACAAACACCACCAUUUGUCGUGAUGACAAAACAAAGACGGCCCCAUUUUUUAUUUCUACUUUGUAUUAUUUAUUGCUAAAAGUAUUUUUGUGUUUCGGGACGUCUUCCUCUGGGCUUCACGGUGGAAGAGGGGUUAGUGCGUCUGCCUCACAAUACCAAGGUCCUGAGUAGUCCUGGGGACAAUCCCGGGCUCGGGAUCUUUCUGUGUGGAGUUUGAAUGUCCUCCUCGUGAAUGCAUGGGUUCCCUCCGGGUACUCCGGCUUCUUCCCACUUCCAAAGACAUGCACCUGGGGAUAGGUUGAUUGGCAACUCUAAAUUGUUCCUAGUGUGUGAAUGUGAGUGUUGUCUAUCUGUGUUGGCCCUGGCGACUUGUCCAGGGUGUAUCCCGCCUUCCGCCCGAUUGUAGCUGAGAUAGGCAACAGCGACCCCAAAGGGAAUAAGCGGUAGGAAAUGGAUGGAUGGAUGGACGUCUUCCUUUCCACAGGACCAGAACUCUCACAGCCACUUCCUGUAUGAGAAGGUCACAUGACACGUCCAAUCCCCGCCUCCUUUGUCCCGCCGCAGGUUUUGGACCCAACCGAGCUCGCUUUUCCACGGUCAUGUGUUGUAAGAUUUCUGCAAUAAAAGUGACCAAUCAGA